GAUUGGCUGAAGCUUCCGCACUGCUCGUGAGUUCUGCCGUUGAGACGGAAAAGCGGUUGGGGGCACGAGGCUUCGCUCAGAAGGCGAAGUUACUGAAGAAAAGAGAUAGUCUUACGUUGUUAGAGGGUCCUAGAGGCAGCUGACUAUGGCUGGGGCCGUAGGGUCCAGGGGGUCGGCCUUCCUCGGAGACUUUAAAUUUGGCGCUGUGGACACGCAGACGAUCGAAGACGCCCUGCUCCACCUGGCUCAGGAGAAUGAGAGGGCGAUGCGAGAAGCUCGGGGACAGACGGGCAGCUUCAGGGAGACCCGGAUCGUGGAGUUCAUUUUUCUCCUGUCUGAACAAUGGUGCCUGGAAAAAUCCGUGAGCUACCAGGCAGUAGAAAUCCUAGAAAGGUUCAUGGUUAAGCAGGCAGAAAGCAUCUGCAGCCAAGCAGCACCUGUGGUGAGAGGUAGUGAGAAAGCAGAGGCCUGGAGCUGGAGGGCCCGGAAAGAACAGCUCUGCAAUACAUUUGUCCUUCGACUUGUGUCAUGUGUUCAGCUGGCAAGCAAACUUUCCUUCCACUACAAAAUAGUCAGCAAUGUUACAGUCCUGAAUUUCCUUCAGGCCCUGGGGUACCUUUAUACUAAAGAAGAACUACUGGAGUCAGAACUUGCCAUUUUGAAGUCUUUAAACUUCCAAAUCAAUCUACCUACUCCUCUGGCAUAUGUGGAAAUGCUCCUGGAAGUUUUAGGGUAUAAUGGCUGUUUGGUCUCCGCCAAACAGCUUCAUGGAACCUGCUUAACAUUGCUUGACUUGGUCUAUCUCCUGCAUGAGCCUAUCUAUGAGAGCCUGCUGAGGGUAUCAUUUGAGAACUCCACACCCAUGGAGCAGCAGGGGGGAAAAUUUGUAUCCGUGAAAGAAGACUUCAUGCUUUUGGCAGUUGGGAUCAUUGCAGCCAGUGCUUUCAUCCAGAACCAGGAAUGGUGGGGCCAGGUAGUGGAGCACUUACAUAGCAUCACUGGCAUUGCCACUGAGGGCAUUGCUGAGUUUUCAUAUGCAAUCCUGAUGCAUGGGGUAGGAGCCAGCACCCCAGUUCGACAGCAACCUGGCCUGUACCACCUGGCAGCCAGACCACUGAGGGCUGCUGCCACUUGCAACAUGUGAAGCUGACUGUGAGUUUCCAGAUUAUCAGACUCCAGGUCAUGAAUUGUGCCACACCCCCUCUCCCUCCCAAUCUGUUC